CUCUGGCCAGUGUGGACCUCCCAGGCCCCCUCGCGGAUCUCUCCAGAGCAGAAGCCCCGCCUUGGGCCGCCGCUCUCACACCUGCCGUGGGUCCGGUACACGCCCCUGUGUCGGACUCCGCGCUCGCACGCGUAGGAGGAAGCCAGGACUCCCGGGCGACCGGGCCGUGCCUGUGGUUUGUAUCAGUUCCACAGCAGCACGUGGGCCCUUUCCACUGUCAGCCACUGGGCAGCCCGGGGCACUCCUGCAGCGUCCCCAGGCCCUCUCCAGGGCAGGGGAAGGUUGGGCAGUCCCGGGCGGCCAGCACAGCGACGUGCAUGUCUCCUGAGCAGCUGCCCAUCGGGCCUCUGCUGGCCUGGCGGCUCCAAGAUGCAAGACCGGCAGGAGCCGGGGGGAGAGCCUUUGAGUGACCUCCGGGAGGAAGCAGCCAGCGCUUCCCUCCGAGUGGCACCUGAGAGGCUAAGUGAUGCCAGUUUGGAAUGGAUACGGACCUGCCCCGACCUUCUCCUGUCCGAUGGGGAAGCCAGCAUCUCCCUGCCCCGUGAGGGCGGUUCCACCUGCGUUACCCGAUAUCCUGACCCUGGGGAACACAGCAGCACUUGGGGGGAGUUUGAAGGCUUUCGGGAAUCUUCAGCCAAGUCUGGACAAUUCUCACAGUCCCUUGAACUCCUGGAGAGACCCACAGAACCCCAGCCACCAAGAACCACUUCUGCCCCAAAGGAGUGCAGUUCUCACCAACCGUGCCAGGGUGGACCUUGGGUGACAGGAACUGCUGCCGUCCCACCUUCUGAGUCCAUUCUCAGCUAUGAGAACAUUUUAAAGUGUGCUUUUCAAGAAGUAACAGUCCAGCAGGCAGCUGAAGACGUUUCCACCAUAGACCAUUUCCUAGAAAUAAGCAGUGAAGAAAAACCUGGCCUUGAAUGUGUACAUAAAUUGUGUAAUGAAUCCAGAAAACUCUGGAGAGCCCUUCAGAGCAAACAUACCACGUCUACUUCUCAAUGCCUCUGGAGCGAGUCCCAUUGCCAGGAGAACUUCCUUCUUGUUCUCGGAAUAGAUGCUACGCAGAAGAACCUUUCUGGAGGCCAGGGCCCCAUCAUGGAAGAUUGUGACCUCAGAGAGCCUGAAGGGCUCCUCGCUGUCGGCAGCUUCCGUCUCCAGCAUUGUAAAGCCCUGAUCCAGACCAAGCUCUCGGGGCCGCCUGGCAGCAGACAGGGGAGGCUGAUGACAUGCAGCCGCUUCCUGAAGACCCCCUCAUGCGGAGGUGGCCAGCACAUCACUAUUCCAAGGAAAAAGAUGUUCACUCCACGCAAGCUCAAAUUGACACUCUUUAAUAGCGACGUUUGCUAAAAUCAGGAGUACUUUGUACCUUUAUGAGGAAUUUUUCAUUUUCUUCCUGGUUGGGUUGAUGUGGAAACCAGAACUGUCUGUGGAGCUGUUUUCCAGAUCCCAGGCCCAUUCCUGGGAUCUCUCCAACGGGACCUGUCCUGUGCUCUGGGCUCAUCUCAGGUCUGACCAGGAGAUGGAGGAUGUGUCCUUGGCAGAGCCAGUCCUUGUGGGGAAACAGAGGUUUCUGGGUGCCAUGGCAGGCUGUCGGGGUCCAGGUGGCACCCAUGGGCCCCCUGCCCCAUGUGAAUGCUUCUGGCACCUGGCGGGGGUACCCAGGGAUGGACCCUGGGCAUGGCUUCUGGGCUGCUUAGUCCGGGGGAACAACUUGUGGUCCAAUCCGUGAGUUCAGAGGAAAAGGGGAAGGCGCUGAAAUGUCACCAGAGAGACAGCUGUUGAGAGUGCUCAGAAACCCUCUAGCUGUCACACUCUGCCCUGGCCCUGGCUGCCAUGUGGUCAGGGCACCAUGAGGGUGUGCAGGUGUGCAGUUUCCUCAAAGCCUCGCAGGUGCCCUCACUCACUGCCCGGGCCUCUGCCCAGCCGCCUCAAGGACAGGCCUUUCUCCCUCAUGGUUGUGGACAGGAAGUCACACCACUGGCCUGCAAGAGGUUCUGGUGGGCCCAUGGCUUCCCCUAAUUAUCUGCUAAGGAAAACCGUGCUCUUCGAACGGCAGAGCUAAGAAGUCAGCCCUGACUUUUGUAAAAUUUUAUGAAAUAAAACCGCCUAGAUAA